AGUGCAUCAGACAGAUGUAUUAUCAUUCUUCACGAAUACGUGAGGAAUUAAUUUCAUCUAGUGACGUAUUAACAGAACAUUAAGAGGCUAAUUCCUUCUACAUAUUCAUGUAGAUUAUUGUUGAUCAUCAUUAGUGCUCCGUAGUGAUCGAAAAAAAACUCAUCUUUGUGGGAUAAAAUCAUCAUGUUGAUUCUCGUGUAGAUUAUUUUAGAGUCGUAGAAGCCAGCAUUUCGCCGCAGCAUUCGUUUCUUUUUGUCGUCCAUUAGUUUACGAGAAAAGGAUAGUUGAGACAUGCCUGACAGUGAAGCAGUUUAUCAACCCACUACUGUGGGCUACACCUACGAGACAGGAGGCGAUAGCCAUGAGGUUGGGGGUGGUGCUGGAUUGAGGAAUGGAUUCUCCAGAAUCAUGUUCAGGCACAAAGUCAGCAUGAGGAAGUGGUUGGAGUGGGUAUUGUUGUCGGUGGCAAUCUGUGCUACUGUUGCUGGACUCACCACCCUCGUUGUUAAUCUCGUGGCUUGUGAUGGAGUACCCGUGCCUAAUAAUAGUACUCAGGCUGAUAGUAAACCCCAGCCAGAGUCAAAUAGUGGAACGAAAGUGGAGGACAAAACUCCGAAUGACCCUUCAGGUGGAUCUCUAGCUGUUGGAGCCUGCAUAACCCUCCUUGGGGUUUCGAUGGGCGCCCUGUGGGUCUGGAUGCGAUUCUUCCAUCGUGGUGGCAAGUCCCAAAGAGGUGGAGUCAGUCGUGCUAGUGGACAGAUGUUGGGCGGUUUGAAUCCAUCAACUGACUUGCUGGUGGGUUCCACUUCGCAGUACGGGCCAGUACUUACUGAGGUGCCAAGCCAGAUGACAGCUAAGAUUGUCAGUGAUAAUCGUGCUGUACCACUGUCCGAUCAGGAAGAGGAGACUUACACACUGAUGGAGAAUACCAGUGGUAAUCCUAAGAGAACCGACAAUGCGCAGGAAAACAACAUCAACAAUCAGAACACGGGCUGAGUAGGUCUCAAGGAUUGAUUAUAUUUCGCAACUAUUGGUCCUCGUAAUUACGUGAUUUCCUGAGAUUGAGGAGAUUCUAGUACACGACUAACUAUUUCUACGAAAUUGUUUUCGUACUUUUGACUAUUCGUAUUUUUAUCCAUAUCUUCACUUAGGUUUAAGUUAUUAUUAUCGUUAAUUUAACGAUUGAAUUGGACAUCACAAUUUUAUUUAACGAAAUGAGUUUUGUAGCAAAAAAAGUAAUUCAGUGGUAGAAGUGGGAAACAUCAGACUCAAUGGUUGGGCAUUCACCUGGAGAACAUGUGAUUUUCCAAACCAGUUUAGAGGAUUUCUAUUUUUAUUUUAAUGUGAUUAUUAAAAUGCUAGAAUCUUCUCAAGAGAAUAAAAAUCAUAAUGUUAAAUGUAGAUUCGCUCACUAUCCCGAUGGAUACCAAGCAUCCUAUUUGAGUAAUGGUUUCAACAAUUCUACCUUCCUCAACGAAGAAAUAUUAUAUUUUUUUUAAUAGUUUGUAGACGACCCACAAGAUCGAAAAAAUAUUUUCCAAGUACUUUAGAUUCCUCGCAGUGGUUAUAAAAAUACUUUUUCGAUUCAAAUCGUGGUCUGAUAGAUUGUGUUAGUUCGUAGAGAGCUCUGUGAUCCCGCGGAAGCGAGUGACCUCGUGACCCAAUGCACAACGACUUCAAGAAAACUGAAAUUGCAAAAAAAUUAAAUAAAAUGAAACCAACACCAGAAUAAGGCAUGUGAGAAAUACUGAAUGAGGAAUUGUUCCUUUCGAGUACUGUAUGCAUGGAACUAAUGACUGUUUAUUUUUUUUCUAUUUUUUAAUAUAAUAAGUUGACUUAGGUACAUACCCCAAAUCAUUCAUACAUUUCGUCGGUUUCUUGUAGUUCAUUUUAUUCCGUCCAUUACACAAAACUUGUACAAUUGGGUCGAGCUUAACAAAAAGUAUAUCUUCGAACAAUUUUCAUGAUUGUUGAGUAAUUCAUUACUCAGCAAUUACUGUAGACAUUUAUUGAAUAUGAUUAUUUGUAAUGUUACGUUGUGUUUCAUUUUAUUAUUGAAUUUAUGUACUAUUAUACUAUGAAUAUAUGAACGGAAAUAAAGACUGAGUGAGUGAAUGAGAAAAAAAA